GAAGUUCCGACUGAAGCCCCGACUGAAGCCCCGACUGUUGCCCCAACUGUAGCUCCGACUGAAGCCCGACUGAAGCCCCGACUGUUGCCCCAACUGUAGCUCCGACUGAAACUCCGACUGAAGCCCCAACUGAAGCCCCGACUGUAGCUCCGACUGAAGCUCCGACUGUUGCCCCAACUGUAGCUCCGACUGAAGCCCCGACUGAAACUCCGACUGAAGCUCCGACUGAAGCCCCGACUGUUGCCCCGACUGUUGCCCCGACUGAAGCUCCGACUGAAGCCCCGACUGUAGCUCCGACGAAUCCUCCGACCGCACCCCCAACGACUGCCCCGACAACCCAGGCCCCAGCAGGGCCCUUGGUGUAUGACUUUCAGGACGGGAUGGACGAGUGGGCGCUGAUCAACAUGAACAGCGCCAGCUUCAGGAGAGUCCAGUUUGAGAACACUCGGGUCGGAGCACCGCCAGAAGGACCCUGGGUGCUCCAAGUGUUCCAGGAUAACGUGCAGUCUGGCUCGGUGGUAGGCACGGGUCCGCUGAUGGAGGCUACGGACUCACAGAUCUCGGUGUCUGUCAUCUUCUGGAUGGACGGCAGUGUAAACUUCCCUGCACAACUUAAGAUACGACGUCGAUUCAGUUUCAGUGAUUUGGGGGAGACACCUGUGCUAAACCUGGACGGCUUUGGUAACCAGGACAACCAGAUGUGGCUCUUAUACACAGGCACCGCCAGCGCCAUCGUCGGUCAGCGCUUCAGCCUCUUAGUUGAGGCUUCCCUGGGAGGUGACCGUAACAACUCGGUGGCGGUGAACAAGUUGGUGGUGAACGGUGCCAAGGCCAUCCACAGUAACGUUACAACCAUGAACUUCGAGAACGGUUUACUGGGUUGGUCGCUGGGCCAGAUGCAGGGAGGGAUGUGGGAGCUGAAGAACCAGUCUCACAUCGACCCAGCGCUCAAGGUACCCAAGCCACCCAGUGGUGACAUGAUUCUCGUCGCGUCACGUCAACACAUUCUUUCAGGUAUCAUGACCAUAGAAUCACCGAUCCUGUCAGCGGCUGCCAAAACGUCCAAGAAACUCUACCUUAGAUUUUGGGUGCGAGGCUCCUCCACUUACCCAGUGUCACUCAGCAUCCGUAAGAAAUCCCCAGAUGGAGUCUACGACGAACUACCCUUCGUGAACCUGAGGAGGUACGGCAACGUCGACAGCCAAAACUGGUUGUCUCUGGAUAAAACCAUCUAUGUUCCCUUGAACGACGGCGAGAUGUUUUACCAGCUGGUGAUCGAGGUGGACCUUGGUAGCAGGUUAGAAAACUUAGUUGCUGUUGACGACCUCAGCAUCACGACUCUUACAUUAAGCUAACCUGGCAAGCUGUGGCACACACACCACUGCUUCAGGGACCUGGAUGCUGCCUCCUGCUGACUCAUGUGUUUACAAGACCGAAGGGAUCUUCGGUCCUUCUGACGAACAACUAACGAGACCUAAGGGAUGCAAGGGCCUGACAACUGACAACUAACGAGACCUAAGGGAUACAAGGACAUGGAAACUGACAACUAACGAGACCUAAGGGAUGCAAGGGCCUGGCAACUGACAACUAGCGAGACCUAAAGGAUGCAAGGGCCUGGCAACUGACAACUAGCGAGACCUAAGGAAUGCAAGGGCCUGGCAACUGACAACUAACGAGACCUAAGGGAUGCAAGGGCCUGGCAACUGACAACUCAUGCGAUGCACAGAUAUUGGAAGCUAGUAAUUAACAACAACUAUUAAACUAGAAAGAUGACAGCUACCUGCUAACAAAUAUGUAUCAAUUCCCACUAUAUGUCAGGGGCUCGUAUCUAACAUAAACAACGCCCUACUGGUGCUAAAACCUGCCAAAUACCAGCAAAAAGGUAUACACGUAACCUGACCAUGUAAGUAUAAAGCGAACCCUAAUCUUAUCAUUGCUGUACCACCCAGUUCACUACAAUUCUCAGCCAACAUACUUCUUAUUAAGAGGAUGUAAGAUCAGCCUCCCCCUUCGUGAUAGUAUUGUAUGUAAGAAAUAAUUAUGUCAUCCAUCA